AUGUCCGAAACAGCAACUCUUCCCCCAAGACAGAUCAUCUACUGUGGAGUCUGCAGUCUCCCCCCAGAAUACUGUGAAUUUGGCGGCACCACAAAGAAGUGCGCAGAAUGGCUCGAGUCGGAGCACCCAGACCUUCACUCCAAGCUCUACUCUGAAGACGCCGUAGCAGCCAACCUCUCCACCCUCUCGGUCGACGCCCAAAAACGCGCCGAAAAGGACGCAAAAAAGAAAGAAGCAAAAGCCUCCGCCGCCGAAGCCCGCCGCGCCGAAGAACUCGCCACCUCCAAAAUCAUCAUCAAGCGCGUCGAGCGCAACAAGCGCAAACACGUCACCGAGGUGUCCGGCCUCGAAGCCUUUGGUCUUGACAUCAAGAAGAUCGCAAAAGAGAUGGGUAAGAAGUUUGCUACUGGAAGUUCGGCCACGAAAUUGCCCGGAGGUGUGGGCGAGGUCAUUACCGUGCAGGGAGAUUUGAGCGAGGAUAUCUUGGAGUGGCUUUGUGAAAAGUAUGAGCAAGUGCCCGAGGAUAAUGUGGAGUUGGUUGAGGAUAAGAAGAAGAAGAAGGGAACUGAGGCGCCCAUGGUUGCACCUCAGUAG